AUGCCAAAUAUCAGUUCCACAUGCGAAACUACCUACAAGACUAAUUUUCUUGGAAUUGAACAGAACGAGACAGCCCUGCUAGCUUGGCUCCAUACAGAGGGACGUGACACGCUUCCAGACUCCCUCUUGACCACAGCUUCCGUGCUAUUUGGAUGGGUCGACACUCAUGAUAUUAUGGCUCUCCUUGACGUAAGCCUCAGAGAGGUCACGAUGCAGAAGCAGCUUCAGCAAGAGGAGGAUAUGAGUUACGCGGGAUUCCGUUCGCAGGGGGCAUGUUUAAUGGAGGAUAGGAUGCAUCGGGCUCAGAUGGAGAUUUCAUUGUUUAGUAAUGCUAUUGCAAACUUAUGCGAAUACCUGGAAACUAGAAAUUACCCAAUUAGCACACAGAAGCCGUCCACAGUGAACACUAUCACAUAUGUGGAAGCAUGCCCAGAGCUCAGCCCAAUCAGAUUCAAUCACUUUGAACCUUCAAAGGUCAUUCAAGACAAAUGCAAUGCAUGGCUUCAUGCGCCAUCCCAUUUUCUGAACAUCACGCAGGCUGAUUCCAAUGCAACUGGAAUACUCGGUUCCCCGAAAGCAGUAGAAAUUUCUCUCAUGCCUGACGAUCAAUUUCUUUCCCUCCCUCAUUCACUAAAAACUUGGGUUGAUAACGUCAUGUAUCGUGCAUACAUGAGCGCGACCUUUGCAGAAGCCAAGCCCCUGUAUGUUCACGAUGAUGACAGCUUCAAAGCAAAGGAGCAGAAGACUCCCAAGGUUCUCAAGUCUGACAUCUAUAUUCUGGGCCUAAAGAAGCAACGCGUGCAGUCCGAAGUGGACAUGCUUUCCGAAGCCAUAUCACGCAUUUCUGAGUUCGGUGAUGACGUCACAUCUUCUGGAAGCGCCAUGACACACGCAUCAUUUGUGCCUGACAACUACAUUGAAGAUGGGUUUGACGAUUGGGUGUCGACCUCGUAUGCCUCUUCCGAUGUUGAAUUGCUGUGA